AUGAGGUUUUCUACCAUCUUGCCCUUGAUCGGUGCAUUUUCAUCGCUCUUUCAACAAACACAAGCACGAUCACAGGCCUCAGAGGCCAUUCGACAGGUGACGCCCGUCGACAAUGCCAUCAUUCGUACUCCUUCACACCAAAUAGACCACUUGUCGGAAUUUGAUAUCACCUUCGCUUUACACCAAGACGGCAAGCGCAUAAAGCUAGAACUCAAGCCCAAUCAUGAUAUCUUGGCCGACGACGCUUACGUGCAAUACGUCGGUGCCGACGGCACAAUAACACACGCGGAACCAAUAAAGAGACACGAACACAAAGUCUAUCAAGGCCGCGCCUUGGUAGGAUCCGGAAAGGGGAGAUGGACGCCCGUGGGCUGGGCAAGAAUCACCGUCAAAAGGGAUGGCCUAGAGCCUCUUUUUGAAGGUGCUUUCAGUGUCAAUAAUGACAAGCACCACAUUGAGUUGCAGUCGACCUACCUCGACAAGAAGCGCCCGAUUGAUGCCGACGUCGAACCCAGAGAUGGGGGAUCGAUGAUUGUCUACCGUGACUCCGACAUGUUUCACUAUACGCACUCUGAGCUCAAGCGGUCGCUUCCCGGGUCCGAAGGCUGCGGCGCAGAUCAACUUGAGUACAAUGCUGAUCCGUCCAAUUCGAUCUUUGGGUAUGACACGGACGAAACAGAUGGUCAGUGGGGUGUUGCUUCAUUGAACUCGAUGUUUGGAUUGGGCAAGCGACAGUCAUCGUCAGAUAUUGGCGGUGUCUCGGGCAACACUGGCGGCGUGAAUCUGAAAACGACCAUCGGUGAUUCCAGUGGAUGUCCUAAAACGAAGAAAGUGGCCUUGAUCGGAAUUGCAACGGAUUGUGAAUUCACCGAAUCGUUCAUGGCUACCAACUCUACCCCCAAAGAAGCGGCCAGGGACUGGAUCAUCAACGUGGUAAACACGGCUUCAAGUCUCUAUGAGGAAUCGUUCAAUGUGUCCAUUGGUUUGCGCAAUCUUACAAUCUCUGAGACAGGCUGCCCCAGCUCGGGCUCCGCUGCUACGCCAUGGAACGUGGAUUGCAAUGGUGGAAAUGUCACCUGGCGCCUGAAUGAAUUCUCCAAGUGGCGCUCAAAGAGUGCAGAUGACAAUGCCUACUGGACUUUGAUGACAAACUGCCCAACAGGCAGUGAGGUUGGAGUUUCAUGGAUGGGCCGUCUUUGCUCCUCCGACCUGGUUACCUCCGGACUGAACUCUGUGACCGGUGCCAACGUCGUAGUUCGCAAUUCCGGUUCUUCCUGGCAGGUGUUUGCCCACGAGACUGGCCACACCUUUGGAGCAGUGCACGACUGCGACGAAGACGGCUGCACGAAUAAGUUAGACGCCUCAUCUCAAUGCUGCCCGAUGAGUUCAUCGACCUGCAAUGCCAAUGCGGAAUACAUCAUGAACCCAUAUGCCAAGAACUCGAUGACCAAGUUUUCGGAGUGUACCAUCGGUAACAUCUGCUCUGCCAUUGGCAAAAACAGCAUCAAGUCCUCUUGUCUGUCGGACAACCGCGGCGUCGUGACCAUCAGCGGCAGCCAAUGCGGCAACGGCAUCGUCGAAGCCGGCGAGGAGUGCGACUGCGGCGGCGAACAAAGCUGCGCCGAUAACUCCUGCUGUGACGCCAAGACUUGCAAAUUCAAGGACAGUGCCGUCUGCGACGACUCCAACGACAGCUGCUGCAUCAAAUGCCAGUUCGCCUCCGCCAACACCGUCUGCCGCGCCAGCACCGGCGAAUGCGACAUCGCCGAGACCUGCAGCGGAACCUCGAGCUCCUGUCCCGAUAACAAAUACAAAGACGACGGUUCCAGCUGCGGCGCCAAGGACCAGAAACUCAGCUGCGCCAGCGGCCAAUGCACAAGCCGCGACUACCAGUGCCGCACAGUGAUAGGCUCACUGCUGAACACCAACGACACCUGGGCCUGCGAAAACACAAAUAGUCCAUCCUGCAGUCUUGUGUGUGGCGCUCCCUCACUCCAACACUCCAUCGGUGUCCAAGAGUGCAUCCUCAUGAACCAGAACUACCUCGACGGUACACCCUGCGACGCCGGCGGUCGCUGCACCGCUGGCCAGUGCAAGGGCUCAUCAGCCCUGGGCUGGAUCCGUCAGCACGAGAAGCUGGUAAUCGGAAUCUGUGUCGGCGUCGGCGCGUUUAUCCUGCUCGCUAUCUUCUUCUGUAUCUACAGUCGCUGCAAGCGCAGCGCACAGCUGCGUAAGGCCCGCAAGGCUAUUCCCCCUGGUACAUAUCGUCGCUAUAAUGGGCCCCAACCUACUGCUCGCCAGCCUAUGGACCAGUGGCAUGGAUACCGCAAUGCCGGGUAUCAGAAUGUGCCUCCCCCUGGCGCUCCGCCACGAUACUCAUGA